AUGGCAUACCUAGUAUGGUGUUGCAGUUCGAAUUGGUAUAUUGAGCUUCAAUUUCCUUCCUCCACACAUCCACACACUCAAGGCUUCAAUUUUAACUCUAGAGCAGGACCGACUGAAAUUUCGCUCUUAGAGCACAGUGCCAUCGAUUCAGUAUAUGGCGCUCGCAGCCCCUGCAAUAAAGCCCCUUGGUACGAUAUGGGGGAUCCAACUGAAUUUCUCCAUAGUGUACGUAUCAAGGACAAGCAUGAUGCGCGGCGUCGGAUUUGGUCUAAAUGUCUUUCACCCAGAGCAUUGCGCGAGUUUGAGGAGCGUGAAGUCACGUAUGUGGAUCUUAUGAUCACACAAAUAAGAAAGCGAGCGGGCGAACCUUUGAAUAUCACGCAUUGGAUCAACUUCUUCAUCUUUGAUGUGAUUGCUGAAUUUGCUUUCGGUCAGCCAUUUGGCAUGGUGGCCAGAGGUAUCUUGCGGCUCUCUCUCCAGUUCCUUGGCUUGGGAGAAUCCUUCUCAAACUUCCCGCACACAUUAGCGGUGCCUCACGAUUUAAAGCAUGGUGUACACAGCAGGUUCAGCGUUGACGUGAUUUACGUACUCUGUUACCAUAUUAUCGGGAAGGCCCAUUCUCCCCUUGUUCAUUCCAUUUUCCCCUCAUCUUCUUAUCUCUUCUCAUCCGAGACUACUGAUGGCAGGCAGGACUUCAUGUCUGUCUUAUUUGAGGAAGCGGAUAAGCAAAAUCAGACUACGGAGGCCAGGAGAUGGCUGUCCGGUGACUGUCACCUUGUUAUUGUAGCUGGAAGGUAG